AUGGCAGCAACGUCUGAAAGCGAUGAUCACCCACCGCCUGGGGUAGUGGAGCUGCGCGAGGAUGUCCCGCUGAAGUCUGGUGGUGGAGACACACAGCGCUGCGCUGGGCCACGUCUUAUCGCUACCGCCUUCGCUGUUUUAUCUGUUGCCAUUACACUCGCUCUGUUGACGCAAAUAUACUACGGAGACUAUGAGGUGGUGCUGCACGGGUCGGUGUCGACGUCGGCGGGCGCGUGCUCGCGCGGCGGCGCGGCGCUGCUGCGCGCGCGCGGCUCCGCGCUGGACGCGGCCGCCGCCGCCGCGCUCUGCCGAGCGCUCGCCGCGCCCUACCACACUGCACUCGACGCGAGUGGUGCACUGCUGUACUGGGAGUACAGAAGAGCGCAUGACGAGCCGCCCACACUGGCGGAGUGGGGCGCGGUAGGGGAUGGUUGGCAGAUGUCAGAUGACAGCGUGCUGGAGGCGGGUGACAGCUUUGAAGAGGCUGGCAGCGGGAACGCAACUGCACCACGGCUGGUGGCAGCGCUGGCUGGCCUGCACGUACGUUACGGGACGCUGCCGUGGGCCCAGGUCCUGCAGCCUGCAAUUGACUAUGCCGAAAGCAGUGAGGCGACUGCAGCGAGUGGUGCGAGCGAGACCGGUGUGAGUGCGAGUGAGACGGUGAACUUGCUGCGUGACUGGCAGCGCUACACUAGCGCCGAGCUGUGUGCGUUGUGGCGGUGCUCGAGUGUGUUGCGCGUGCGCGCUGCGGAGCCGCUGAGUGCGGGCGCCUGGCGUGCGUACGUGGGGGGAGCGCGGGGGGCCGCGGGGGGCGAGCUGCUGCGCCGCGCGCUGCUCGCCAACACCACCAGGUACUGCGCUCACACUACAACACGUCACCCGCACACUAGCUCACUGCGUGCGUACGUGGGGGGAGCGCGGGGGGCCGCGGGGGGCGAGCUGCUGCGCCGCGCGCUGCUCGCCAACACCACCAGGUACUGCGCUCACACUACAACACGUCACCCGCACACUAGCUCACUGCGUGCGUACGUGGGGGGAGCGCGGGGGGCCGCGGGGGGCGAGCUGCUGCGCCGCGCGCUGCUCGCCAACACCACCAGGUACUGCGCUCACACUACAACACGUCACCCGCACACUAGCUCACUGCGUGCGUACGUGGGGGGAGCGCGGGGGGCCGCGGGGGGCGAGCUGCUGCGCCGCGCGCUGCUCGCCAACACCACCAGGUACUGCGCUCACACUACAACACGUCACCCGCACACUAGCUCACUGCGUGCGUACGUGGGGGGAGCGCGGGGGGCCGCGGGGGGCGAGCUGCUGCGCCGCGCGCUGCUCGCCAACACCACCAGGUACUGCGCUCACACUACAACACGUCACCCGCACACUAGCUCACUGCGUGCGUACGUGGGGGGAGCGCGGGGGGCCGCGGGGGGCGAGCUGCUGCGCCGCGCGCUGCUCGCCAACACCACCAGGUACUGCGCUCACACUACAACACGUCACCCGCACACUAGCUCACUGCGUGCGUACGUGGGGGGAGCGCGGGGGGCCGCGGGGGGCGAGCUGCUGCGCCGCGCGCUGCUCGCCAACACCACCAGGUACUGCGCUCACACUACAACACGUCACCCGCACACUAGCUCACUGCGUGCGUACGUGGGGGGAGCGCGGGGGGCCGCGGGGGGCGAGCUGCUGCGCCGCGCGCUGCUCGCCAACACCACCAGGUACUGCGCUCACACUACAACACGUCACCCGCACACUAGCUCACUGCGUGCGUACGUGGGGGGAGCGCGGGGGGCCGCGGGGGGCGAGCUGCUGCGCCGCGCGCUGCUCGCCAACACCACCAGGUACUGCGCUCACACUACAACACGUCACCCGCACACUAGCUCACUGCGUGCGUACGUGGGGGGAGCGCGGGGGGCCGCGGGGGGCGAGCUGCUGCGCCGCGCGCUGCUCGCCAACACCACCAGGUACUGCGCUCACACUACAACACGUCACCCGCACACUAGCUCACUGCGUGCGUACGUGGGGGGAGCGCGGGGGGCCGCGGGGGGCGAGCUGCUGCGCCGCGCGCUGCUCGCCAACACCACCAGGUACUGCGCUCACACUACAACACGUCACCCGCACACUAGCUCACUGCGUGCGUACGUGGGGGGAGCGCGGGGGGCCGCGGGGGGCGAGCUGCUGCGCCGCGCGCUGCUCGCCAACACCACCAGGUACUGCGCUCACACUACAACACGUCACCCGCACACUAGCUCACUGCGUGCGUACGUGGGGGGAGCGCGGGGGGCCGCGGGGGGCGAGCUGCUGCGCCGCGCGCUGCUCGCCAACACCACCAGGUACUGCGCUCACACUACAACACGUCACCCGCACACUAGCUCACUGCGUGCGUACGUGGGGGGAGCGCGGGGGGCCGCGGGGGGCGAGCUGCUGCGCCGCGCGCUGCUCGCCAACACCACCAGGUACUGCGCUCACACUACAACACGUCACCCGCACACUAGCUCACUGCGUGCGUACGUGGGGGGAGCGCGGGGGGCCGCGGGGGGCGAGCUGCUGCGCCGCGCGCUGCUCGCCAACACCACCAGGUACUGCGCUCACACUACAACACGUCACCCGCACACUAGCUCACUGCGUGCGUACGUGGGGGGAGCGCGGGGGGCCGCGGGGGGCGAGCUGCUGCGCCGCGCGCUGCUCGCCAACACCACCAGGUACUGCGCUCACACUACAACACGUCACCCGCACACUAGCUCACUGCGUGCGUACGUGGGGGGAGCGCGGGGGGCCGCGGGGGGCGAGCUGCUGCGCCGCGCGCUGCUCGCCAACACCACCAGCGUGUUGCAGUGGCUGAAUGAAGCGGAGACGGAUCCGAGUGAGGCGUGGAGAUCUGCAGGUACCAGCAGUGGACUGGCCGUCGUGGACCCGCUGGGAACAUACGUCGCACUCGUCACGGCGGUGUCGCAGAGCGGCGCGGGGAGUGCGGGUAGUGCGGGGAGUGCGGGGAGUGCGGCGCGCGCGGGCGGCUGGCGGCGUGAUGUUGCGCGCGCGCCGCUGGACGUGGCGCCCGCCAUCAUCGUGCAGCAGCACGUGUGCGGCACGCGGUACGUGGUGGGCGCGGGGUCGUGGAGUGCGUUGGCGCAGUGCGCGGCGCAGUGGGCGGGCGGCGUGGCGCCGGCGGCCGGCGUGCGGGCUCCGCGCCGGCCCGCGCUGCGCGGUGCCGCGCCCGUUAACCUGGUGCAGCAGCGCGCCGACGCGCUGCUGUCACACGCCGACGCGCGCGCCGGCGGGCUCGCCGCGCGCUUCUAG